CCUGUCUGGGUGUCCGAAGGAAACCUGGUUUGGGAAAGAAGAAAAUGGACUUCAAGAGCAAUCCCUACGAGCAUCUUCUCACUGAAUUCGAAACAUCCGGCGGACGUCGGCUGCGAUUUUUCGAUUUACAGGCACUUGACGUCACCAAAUUUCGUUCAUUGCCGUAUUCGAUUCGCGUGCUGCUUGAGUCAGCAGUGCGCAGUUGCGACGAAUUCCAAGUGAAGAGAAGCCACGUCGAUGACAUUCUCAAUUGGGUGACAAAGAAGGACGAGCAGGUGGAGAUACCGUUCAGACCUGCGAGAGUCAUUUUGCAGGAUUUUACUGGUGUUCCUGCUGUUGUUGACUUUGCUGCUAUGCGAGACGCUGUUGAGAGUCUCGGUGGUGACCCUUCUAAGAUCAAUCCCGUGUGUCCAGCAGAUCUGGUGGUCGAUCACUCAGUGCAGGUCGAUGUCGUCAAGAGUUUGGAUGCUGUUACCAAGAACCAACAAAUCGAGUUCGAACGAAACAAGGAACGCUUCCAAUUUCUCAAGUGGGGAGCAAAGGCAUUCAAAAACAUGACAAUCGUGCCUCCUGGCUCAGGCAUCGUACAUCAAGUGAAUUUGGAGUAUCUUGGUCGAGCUGUUUUCAUGGUUGACGGCCUUGUGUAUCCAGACAGUCUUGUAGGGACGGACUCGCAUACGACUAUGAUUAAUGGAAUGGGGAUUUUAGGAUGGGGUGUUGGUGGUAUCGAGGCAGAGGCCGUCAUGUUAGGUCAGACGAUAUCCAUGGUCUUACCACACGUCAUUGGAUAUCGAAUCAAGGGAAGCAUCGGGCCAUUAGUGACCUCAACAGACAUUGUCCUCACUAUCACAAAGCAUUUACGUCAAGUUGGUGUUGUUGGCAAGUUUGUUGAAUUUUUCGGACCAGGAGUAGAGCAGCUGUCUGUAGCUGACAGAGCGACUAUUUCUAAUAUGUGUCCUGAGUAUGGUGCCACCGUCGGAUACUUUGCUGCUGAUCAGAUGACCAUGAAAUAUCUAAAGCAGACAGGUCGAAGUGAUGAACAACUAGAAUACAUCGAACAAUACUUGAAACUCUCGGGACUAUUUAGGAACUUUAACAACCCGGACGAAGAUCCAACAUUCUCCGAGAUAGUAGAGUUAGACCUCUCAACUGUCGCCUCGUCUCUGUCAGGACCAAAGAGGCCGCAAGACAGAGUCGCAGUCAGCGACAUGAAAGCCGAUUUCCAGAAAUGUCUGGACAACAAGGUUAGCUCGGUUGACAAGGUUGGAUUCAAGGGAUUUAAGAUUGAGAAGGAGAGGCAAGCGGAUAGAAUUCCGUUGACGUUUGAAGGGCGGGAGUUUGAGAUCGGACAUGGCUCUGUUGUUAUUGCUGCUAUAACAAGUUGUACAAAUACGAGCAAUCCGUCGGUCAUGUUGGGUGCUGGUCUGUUGGCUAAGAAGGCUGUUGAGAUGGGCCUGUCUGUUGCUCCUUAUGUGAAGACCAGCAUGUCGCCAGGAUCAGGGGUGGUGACGUACUAUCUACGAGAGAGUGGUGUUACUCCAUUCUUGGAACAGUUAGGUUUUCAUAUUGUUGGCUACGGUUGCAUGACAUGUAUUGGCAACAGUGGACCCUUACCUGAACCAGUAGCUGAAGCAAUAACAAAGGGAGAUCUCGUCACCAUUGGCAUUCUCUCCGGGAAUCGUAACUUUGAAGGUCGAAUUCAUCCUCUCACACGAGCAAACUAUCUCGCCUCGCCGUUGCUUGUUAUUGCUUAUGCAAUUGCUGGUCAUGUUUCAAUUGAUUUUGAGUGUGAACCGUUGGGUGUGGGGAAGGAUGGUAGGGAGGUUUAUCUGAAGGACGUGUGGCCGACGAGAGAAGAAAUUCAAGCUGUUGAGAGGGAGUUUGUUGUGCCUGCGAUGUUCAAGGAAGUUUACUCUACGAUAACGGAGGGUACACCAAUGUGGCGAGCAAUUGAAGCUUCUGAUGACAUACUAUAUCCUUGGGAUGCAAAGUCAACAUACAUACAGAAACCACCAUUUUUUGAUGGAAUGACUCGAGAGAUCCCUGCGUUGCAAAGUGUUGAGGGUGCAUACGUCAUUUUAAAUCUUGGAGACUCGGUAACAACAGACCAUAUCUCUCCAGCCGGCAGCAUUGCUCGUAACAGUCCUGCAGCUCGCUACUUGGCUGCACGAGGUUUGACACCAAGAGAGUUCAACUCCUACGGCUCCCGUCGUGGCAACGACUCAGUAAUGGCACGUGGAACGUUUGCCAACAUCCGCAUCGUCAACAAGUUCCUAGACAAGAGUGGACCAAAAACUGUCUACAUCCCCACAGCAGAAGUGAUGGAUAUUUAUGAUGCGGCUAUGAGGUAUAAGGAUGAGAAGCGGCCGAUCAUUGUUCUCGCUGGGAAAGACUACGGGAGUGGGUCGUCGCGAGAUUGGGCAGCCAAGGGUCCCUGGAUGCUGGGUAUUCGUGCUGUUAUUGCUGAGAGUUAUGAACGCAUCCAUCGGACUAAUCUGAUUGGAAUGGGCAUCAUACCGUUGCAGUACUUGGAAGGGCAGUCGGCGUCUUCGCUCCAGUUGACUGGAAGAGAAGUUUAUACCAUCCACGUGCCUCAAUGUUUACGUCCGGGUCAUGUGAUUGACGUGUCGGUGAACGGUAGCGUUGCGUUUCAAGCCACUGCGAGGUUUGACACCGAUGUCGAGGUCACAUACUUUCGUCACGGCGGCAUCUUGAAUUACAUGAUCAGAAAGACAAUUGGAGCAUUUUGAUUUCAGACUGUCAUCUAAUCAUCUAUAUUCUCUUCUCCUUGAAAAAUUAAUAUAAAUUAUUGAACGUGUUUGCGCAUGCGCAAAGAAUAUAGUCGGGUGACGUCCGGAGAA